AUGGUUGAUGAUCCAGGAGAUAUGAAGAACGAAGCCAGAUACGUGAAAAAGAAAGAUUGCGAAACUAGAUGCAGUAAAUGCAAUUCAAUCAAACCAUUUAGAGCUCAUCAUUGUUCUACCUGCGGAAAAUGCUUUGGAAAAAUGGAUCAUCAUUGUUUAAUAAUCGGAAAAUGCGUUGCUAUUCGAAACCAUAAGACAUUUGUUGUGUUUCUACUUCAUGGAAUACUCAUGACCGUCAAUUGGUUCUUUGUUACACUGAUUAUGAUAUUUAAAGGAUGCAAUAAGUUCCCAAUUGAAUUGAUUCUUGAUGUAUUCGGCUCUACUACAACUCCUACAUUCCUUGGUGUUCUUUUUGCCCAACAGAUUCUUAACAUUAUGUCUGGCCGCACAAUUUUGGAAAUAGAAUUUGAUAUACCGAUCAGAAAGGAUAAAACUAAAUUAAAGUACUUGGAAGAAGUCUUAGGACCUCUAUCUCUCAAUUGGCUCAUUCCAACACCUACUCCAUAUACAACAAACGCCUUUCAAUGGGAAUACAUGAAAGGAGAUUAUAAAAAAGAAGAUUCAGAUAAAGAAUAA